GAGGAAGAAAAAGAAGGAAGAGGAAGUGCGGGACAGUCGCAGAAAGUCUCCAGAGUUUCACUUUAACUUUUUAAAGUGUUCACAUCCUCAGGUUGUUAUGAAGGUGUGAAGGUGUGGACUCUGCUAUGAUUCAGGCUGAGGACCCAGAGGACAGUGUCCCUCCCUCUGAAGCUCCUCUGUGUGGGGGACAUGACAGACAGACCAAAGCUCAGAGGACCCAUCAGAGACCAGGACCUGAUCCUCGAUCUGGACCUGAACCCAGCUCUGUGUCCAUGAAGAGUAACCAGUCCAUAGAUCAUCCUGUAAAGUUCAAAGAUGUCCAUCCCUCUGUAGAUGCAAGGUCACAUCAGCAGAGAGGAAAGUCUCCUGAACCCAGCUGUGUGUCCAUGAAGAGUCAUCAGUCUAUGGAUCCUCCUCUAAACUUCAGAGAUGAUUGGUCUAUGGGUCCUCCUCUAAACUUCAGAGAUGAUCGGUCUAUGGGUCCUCCUCUAAACUUCAAAGAUGGAUGUUCUUAUGACCCAGAAGAGGACCAGGAGACCUCAGAGAUUCCCACAGGUCAGUCUGCCCAGCAGCAUCCAACACACCUGGACUCCAUCUUCAUGCUGCUGGAGGAGAACAUCAUCACCUUUGUGAAGAACGAGCUGAAGAAGAUCCAGAAAGUUGUGAGUUCAGAUUACCCAGAAUGCUUGGCGAGUCAGAGGGAGGAUGAAGAGGUGCCUGAUGAAGAGCAGAGGAAGUUCAGAGAGGCAUUUGAGAAGAUCUCAGUGCACUUCCUGAGGAGAAUGAAGCAGGAGGAUCUGGCCGACUGUCUGCAGAGCAGACUUCAUGCUGCAGUUUGUCAGCGUGAACUCAAAUCCAACCUGAAGAAGAAGUUCCAGUCUGUGUUUGAGGGCAUCGCUAAAGCAGGAAACCCAACCCUUCUGAAUGAGAUCUACACAGAGCUCUACAUCACAGAGGGAGGGACUGCAGAGGUCAAUCAAGAACAUGAGGUCAGACAGAUUGAAACAGCAUCCAGGAGACCAGCCAGACCAGAAACAACCAUCAGACAAGAAGACCUCCUCAAAGCCUCAGCUGGAGGAGAAGAACCAAUCAGAACAGUGAUGACUAAGGGAGUGGCUGGCAUUGGGAAAACAGUCUUAACACAGAAGUUCACUCUGGACUGGGCUGAAGACAAAGACCACCAGGACAUACAGUUCACAUUUCCAUUCACCUUCAGAGAGCUGAAUGUGCUGAGAGAGAAGAAGUUCAGCUUGGUGGGACUUGUUCAUCACUUCUUCAGUGAAACCAGAGCAGCAGGAAUCUGCAGGUUUGAGAAGUUCCAGGUUGUGUUCAUCUUUGACGGUCUGGAUGAGUGUCGACUUCCUCUGGACUUCCACAACAAUGAGAUCCUGACUGAUGUCACAGAGACCUCCUCAGUGGAUGUGCUCCUCACAAACCUCAUCAGGGGGAAGCUGCUUCCCUCUGCUCGCCUCUGGAUAACCACACGACCUGCAGCAGCCAAUCAGAUCCCUCCUCAGUGUGUUGGCAUGGUGACUGAGGUCAGAGGGUUCAAUGACCCCCAGAAGGAGGAGUACUUCAGGAAGAGGUUCAGAGAUGAGGAGCAGGCCAGUAGCAUCAUCUCUCACAUCAAGACCUCACGAAGCCUUCACAUCAUGUGCCACAUCCCAGUCUUCUGCUGGAUCACUGCUACAGUUCUGGAGGAGGAGUUGAAGACCAGAGAGGAAGGAGAGCUGCCCAAGACCCUGACUGAGAUGUACAUCCACUUCCUGGUGGUUCAGUCCAAAGUGAAGAAGGUCAAGUACGAUGGAGGAGCUGAGACGGAUCCACACUGGAGUCCAGAGAGCAGGAAGAUGAUCGAGUCUCUGGGAAAACUGGCCUUUGAUCAGCUGCAGAAAGGCCACCUGAUCUUCUAUGAAUCCGACCUGACAGAGUGUGGCAUCGAUAUCAGAGCAGCCUCAGUGUACUCAGGAGUGUUCACUCAGAUCUUCAGAGAGGAGAGAGGACUGUACCAGGACAAGGUGUUCUGCUUCGUCCAUCUGAGUGUUCAGGAGUUUCUGGCUGCUCUUCACGUCCAUCUGACCUUCAUCAACUUUGGUAUCAAUCUGCUGUCAGAAGAACAAACAACCUCCCUGUUGUCCAAACGCUUUAAACCCAAUCCUGAGUAUCUCUACCAGAUUGCUGUGGAAAAGGCCUUAGUGAGUCCUAAUGGACACCUGGACUUGUUCCUCCGCUUCCUCCUGGGUCUUUCCCUGGAGACCAAUCAGAGUCUUCUACGAGGUCUGCUGACACACAUGGGACGUGUCUCAGAGACCAAUCAGGAGACAGUCCAGUACAUCAAGGAGAAGAUCAGUUGGUUUGUGUCUCCAGAGAAAAGCAUCAAUCUGUUCCACUGUCUGAAUGAACUGAAUGAUGAUUCUCUAGUGGAGGAGAUCCAAAGGUCCCUUAGAUCAGGACGUUUCUCCACAGAUAAACUGUCUCCUUCUGACUGGUCAGCUCUGGUCUUCAUCUUACUGUCAUCAGAAGAUCUGGAGGUGUUUGACCUGAAGAAAUACUCUGCUUCAGAGGAGGCUCUUCUGAGGCUGCUGCCAGUGGUCAAAGCCUCCAACAAAGUUCUACUCAGUGGCUGUAACCUCUCAGAGAGAAGCUGUGAAGUUCUGUCCUCAGUCCUCAGCUCCCAGUCCUCUAGUCUGAGAGAACUGGAUCUGAGUAACAACGACCUGCAGGAUUCAGGAGUGAAGCUGCUGUCUGCUGGACUGAAGAGUCCACACUGUGACCUGGAGACUCUCAGGCUGUCAGGCUGUCUGAUCACAGAGGAAGGCUGUGCUUCUCUGGCCUCAGCUCUGAGCUCCAACCCCUCCCACCUGAGAGAGCUGGACCUGAGCUACAACCAUCCAGGAGACUCAGGGGUGAAGAUGCUGUCUGAUGGACUGAAGGAUCCUCACUGGAGACUGGAGACUCUCAGGGUGGAGCCUGCUGGAGUCCGAUGGAUGACACCAGGUCUGAGGAAGUAUUCCUGUGAACUCACAAUCGACACAAACACAGUUCACAGACAAAUCAAACUGUCUGACAACAACAGGAAGGUGACACUUGAGGAGGAGGAGGAGGUUCAGUCAUAUCCUGAUCAUCCAGACAGAUUUGACCUCUAUCCUCAGCUGCUGUGUAGAACUGGUCUGACUGGUCGCUGUUACUGGGAGGUCGAGUGGAGCGGAGAAGUUGAUGUAUCAGUGAGUUACAGAGGAAUCACGAGGGAAGGAGACAGUGAUGACUGUGAGUUUGGACAGAAUGAUCAGUCCUGGAGUCUGGAAUGCUCUGAUAUAGGUUACAUUGUCCGUCACAAUGAGACAGAAACACACAUCACCUCCUCCUCCUCCUCCUCCUCCUCCUCCUCCUCCUCCUCUGGUAGAGUAGCAGUGUAUGUGGACUGUUCCACUGGCUCUCUGUCCUUCUACAGAGUCUCCUCUGACUCACUGAUCCACAUCUACACCUUCAGCACCACAUUCACUGAACCUCUUUAUCCUGGGUUUGGGUUUGGGUUCUGGUCCUCUGGUUCCUCAGUGUCUUUGUGUCCUCUUCAGGACGGAGAGUCUCCUCCUGGUGGAGAACCUUCCUCUCUGCUCACCACAUAGUUCAGUCUGUACAGCUGAUGGAGGUCCAUGUGGGUGUAGUUGCAGGUGGAGCAGGUGAGGGGUACCUGAGCUGGUCUGGACUCUGGGGGU